AUAUUUAGCAUUCUAGAACGUUAAAAAAAACACCUAGAACAGUUUAGUAUGGUAAUUUGCCAAAACGAUUUUUAGUGACACGCCCUUAGAUCACCAUCCUUCACAGCUACGUGUAGACAGGCUUUCCUUCCAAACACGCGUGUUACCUUCGACGCACGACUUCAAUCUCCGCAGAUCCGAAGCUAUAAAGCACCUCUCUUCGAACCGAACGUACGCUACUCCGAAACAGAAAAUAAGGCGGUUUGUGCUUCUCGCAAGGCUCAUUCUAGUGGAAUAAUGACCCGCGCAAGCACGGCUUGCGGCGACAAAGCAGCGGAGGUGAAAAAGGGCCCGUGGACGGCAGAGGAGGAUGAGCUACUGGUGAAGUGCAUCGCGGAGCACGGAGACGGCAACUGGAGCUCAAUUCCCAGAAAGGCCGGGCUGCAGCGGUGCGGCAAGAGCUGUCGCCUGCGCUGGACCAACUACCUGCGGCCCGACCUGAAGCGAGGCGCGUUUUCGCGCGACGAGGAGGACCUGGUGGUGCGGCUGCACCGCGAGAUGGGCAACCGCUGGGCGAAGAUCGCGCUGGAGAUGCCGGGGCGCACGGACAACGAUAUUAAGAACCACUGGAACACGCGCCUCAAGCGCCGCCUGAGGGACCUCGGCGUCGACCCCGACUCGCACCUCCCGCUGCCCUCCGCGCUCCCCCUGCUCGGCCCCUCCAGCCUGCUCGCUGCCGCGCUGGGGGAUCACCUGCGCAAGGGCGUCCCCGACAGGCCUGCGUCGCUAGCGGUAGCAUCGCCGCCGCCAAGCGGAGAGGGCUCUCUGACGAAGCGUCGUCGCGUGGAGGACGAGUCGAUGCUCGACGCGGGCUUCGCGUCGCCCACCAGCUCCUCUUCCCGGCUCGUCCCGCCCGUCCACGCCCCCGCUGCUCCCCUUCCUGUUCCCCGCGCUGCACCCCGCGGUGGGCUUCCCUCCCCGUGUAGCCUCCCCCCUUCCGCCGCCGCGUCUCUCUUCGCACCAGCGCCAGCAGCAACGCCUGGCACUCCCAUCGCCGCCGAUGCUAGCCCUUCCGCCUCUUCUGCUUCCCCCUUCGACAGCCCUUCUACCCACUCCCCCACCAGCCAGCCGACCACGGGACCGCCUGCGCCUCCUCCGCUAGCCUUCUCCACGCUGCCUGCGCACAGCGCGCCAGGGGGCUUUACGGAAGCGGAGGCGAAAUGGAACUGCUUGCGCCCAUCCCGCGCCUGGUUCCUGGGGUCUGGGUUUGCUGGGGAAGGUAGCGCUGGAUGCAGCAGAAGUGCGAGGAGGGCGGAGGGCGGGAAGAGUGAGGAGAUAGGGGGUGCGUGUGGAGUGAUGGGGCAGGAAUGCGAGGAGGAGGUUGUUAGCUUCAACGCAGGCACUAUGGCUGCUGCUACAACCGCUACAGCCGGCAGAGGUUUGAUGAGGAAUCAACCUGCGGGCGAGCGUGGUGGCAUUGCAAUGCAGUCUCACGCAUGCUUCGAAGCUGGCCCAAGUUGGUCCCAUGCAAGCACUCAAGCGGCACUGUCACGGCUGACUGUGCUGCCUUGCAGAGCUGGCAGGGUGCGAGCAGGGUUCAAAGUGCCCCCUCGGCUGGUCAUUCCGUGCCCUUCAGGGGACACCGAAGCAGAGGUCGCUGCCAGCGCUGCAGCUGCGAUGGGCAUUCCUGCAGGGCUGAGUGCUGUUGAAGGGAGUAACCGGGCAGCUGCAACGGCUGAUACCACCAUGGCCAUUGAUGGGAGAUUACCCAGCCCUCUUGUGCUCAUAGACAGCCUAUGGGAAGGCACGGAUGCCAGCAACCUCUGGUCAGCUGACUCCUCUCUCGACGGCUCGCCUCUCUUCCUCCCCAGUCCCAAAUUGAUCCCCUUCACUCCGUCUGGCCUUCUAGCUUCCACUAACCGAUUGACACCAUCGUCAGGAGCAGCGUCAAUGCCUGCAUCUGUUGUGGGUGUUCAUACAGCCAUAGGAGAGCUCACGGCCUUUGACACAACACCCCAGCCUUUAGGGAACUGUCACAUGGCAGGACUGGGUAAGUGUCAGCUCGGCAAAAGCCUCUGUGGAGAUAACAACCAAGUUCCGGCCUUGGGCGCCCAAGUCCCGACAGCGCUAAUCUCGCCUUAUGUUCCAGGUGUAGGUACCUUGCAAGUAACAGGGCCAGGAGCAUCACUUUUUGAUGCAUAUGAUUUGGGCACCCCGCAAGGUGUGCUUCCCUCGCCUCAUGGUGCAGGCUUCGCUGGAAGUUUAGUGAGCUUGUUUCCUUCUUUCCAUAGAAUAGCAUCAAUAGGAUCCCUUCAAAAGCUAUCUAACUAGGAUAGGAUUGGCAUUGCUAUAUUU